AUGGCAACCAAGUUUUACCAGCACCCUCUGGCCUUGGCCUUUGCUGUAGACGAGAUCAACAGGAAUCCCAACAUUUUACCCAAUGUCACUCUCGGGUUCCACAUCUAUGAUAGCUACAAUGAUGAUAAGAUGACCUACCGAACCACUUUGGAUUUGCUCUUUAAAUCACAUAGAUACCUUCCCAAUUAUGAAUGUGACAAUCAGAAGAACUUAAUGGCCGUCAUUGGGGGACUUGGUUCCAAAACCUCCUUCCAUAUGGCCGAUCUUCUAAGUCUCUACAAGAUUCCACAGGUGCUGCCCCUUUCUGUGUGCAAUAAUUACUGUCAUCCUGGUUAUCAGAAGAAAAAGAAAGAAGGGCAGAAAUUUUGCUGCUAUGAUUGUUCUCGGUGCCCAGAAGGGAAGGUUGCAAAUUUAAUGGAUAUGAAGGACUGUAUCAAAUGCCCAGAAGAUCAAUAUCCAAGCAAGGACCAAGAUCGAUGUAUUCUCAAGACAAUCAGCUUUCUGUCUUACGAAGAACCCUUAGGGAUCAGUUUAGCUUCAGCUGCAGUUUCUUUUUCCCUGAUCACUGUGUUGGUGCUGGGAAUUUUUAUUAAGCAAAGAGAUACCCCCAUUGUCAAAGCCAACAACCGUGAUAUUACCUAUGCUCUCCUUGUUUGUCUCCUGCUCUGUUUUGUUUCUUCUUUGCUCUUCCUUGGACAACCUACAAAGGCGACCUGCUUCAUCCGACAGUCCGCUUUUGGCAUUAUUUUCUCAGCGGCUGUUUCUUGUGUUUUGGCCAAAACUGUCACUGUGGUUGUAGCUUUCAUGGCUACCAAACCAGGGUCCAACAUGAGGAAAUGGGUGGGAAAAAGACUGACCAACUCCACAAUCCUUCUUUGCUCCUUUAUUCAAACAGUCAUAUGUAUGUCAUGGUUAGGAACCUCUCCUCCAUUCCCAGACUUAGACAUGCAGUCACUUAAUAGAGAGAUUGUAGCAGAAUGUAACGAAGGGUCUACCGUCAUGUUCUAUAUUGUCCUGGGAUAUUUGGGUCUUCUCUCCUUCAUCAGCUUGACUGUGGCUUUCUUCGCCAGGAAGUUGCCUGACAGUUUCAAUGAAGCCAAGUUUAUCACCUUCAGCAUGCUGAUGUUUUGCAGUGUUUGGGUGUCUUUUGUUCCAACCUACCUGAGCACUAAAGGGAAAUACAUGGUGGCCGUGGAGAUCUUCUCUAUCUUGGCCUCCAGUGCUGGCUUACUGGGAUGUAUAUUUUCCCCCAAGUGCUAUAUUAUUGUUCUGAGGCCUGAGUUGAACAAAAGAGAACAGUUAAUACGGAGAAUGAAUUAA